AAGGAGUCGCCGGAAGCGGAAGUUGUUAAGGGGUGGGGGAGUUGUUGGGAAAAGUAUCUGCUUAUCUUCCCGCUUCUUGGGUUCCAGGCGCGGCCAGUAAAGCGUGACUUGCUGCCCGCUGCCGGUCCCGAGCCCUCGCUUGAGGGUGGUGCCCGGUGCCCCGAGCCUUCCCCGGGACCCUGGGGACCCCCUGUGCCGGGAGUGGCGUGUCCCCGCUGCCCUCCCUGGAGUGAGGCUCCGUCCGGCAUCCCCGCAGACCCGCCAUGGGCAACACGAGCAGCGAGCGCGCCGCGCUGGAGCGGCAGGGUGGUCAUAAGACGCCCCGGAGGGACAGCUCCGGGGGCACCAAGGACGGGGACAGACCCAAGAUCCUGAUGGACAGCCCCGAGGACGCCGACCUCUUCCACUCGGAGGAAAUCAAGGCUCCAGAGAAGGAGGAAUUCCUAGCCUGGCAGCAUGAUCUGGAAGUGAAUGAUAAAGCGACCGCCCAGGCUCGGCCAACUGUAUUUCGAUGGACGGGGGGAGGAAAGGAAGUUUACUUAUCUGGGUCCUUCAACAACUGGAGUAAACUUCCCCUCACAAGAAGCCACAAUAACUUUGUAGCCAUCCUGGAUCUGCCAGAAGGAGAACAUCAGUACAAGUUUUUUGUGGAUGGUCAGUGGACACAUGACCCCUCUGAGCCAAUAGUAACCAGCCAGCUUGGCACAGUUAACAACAUCAUUCAAGUGAAGAAAACUGACUUUGAAGUAUUUGAUGCUUUAAUGGUGGAUUCCCAAAAGUGCUCCGACGUGUCUGAGCUGUCCAGUUCCCCACCAGGACCCUACCAUCAGGAGCCCUACGUCUCCAAACCAGAGGAACGUUUCAAAGCGCCGCCCAUCCUCCCUCCACAUCUGCUUCAGGUCAUCCUGAACAAGGACACGGGGAUUUCUUGUGAUCCAGCUUUGCUCCCCGAGCCCAAUCACGUCAUGUUGAACCACCUUUACGCACUUUCUAUCAAGGAUGGAGUGAUGGUGCUCAGCGCAACCCACCGGUACAAGAAGAAGUACGUCACCACCUUGUUAUACAAGCCCAUAUGAAGAGCUGGGGCCAGCCGAGGACCAGGGACAACUGCACCAUCGGGUCCCUGCAUGCAUGCUUUCCACUAGAGGCAGGGACUGUCAAGUUCUCAUUUCACGCUGUUUCUAAGACUUUUCACACCUGCCCUCGUCCCGCUUGAGGGUUUAUCCGGGCACACAGCUCCAGAAGAGCCUGGGUCCGUAAGGGUCCUCUUAGCACCGUGGCCGUGAGCCUUCGGGGGCUUCUCAAGGCCAAGAAAGCGAAAGGGAAAGUGAAGGAUCCGCAACCUCUGCGCCACAGCGCGCGAGGACGGUGCAGUUGAAGCAUGCAUCCCCUCAGCUGCUGUGGAAAUUUCUUCCUGGGCCAAAAGUGAAUGCUGGCCACCUUGCUAGUGAAACUCUGGGAAGCAGGGACUGAGGCCACACCAAAUUUCUAGUCAUCUGUGCAUCUUUAUGGCCAUUUGCCUGUCCUUCCAAAUCAAAGCAAUAGAUUGCCUCUCUUUCUGUGCUUCAGGGAGGUGUCAUUUCUAUUGAAAUUAAAAACCAUCUGAUUUCCAGGUGAAGUCUUCAGAAGUUUCCUAUACGUGUGCUAAGUCCUUUUUUAUUAUCCAGAGGUGGCUAGCUGGACAACCUAAAAGCAAUAAGUCACCAUGACUAAAAUAUAGAUCAUGUGACUGCUCAGCAAUAAUCUGUUCCCUGAACAGACUUUUAAACCUACCACCAGAUUGCUGCAUUCAUCUGAAUGAUCCUGAGGACUAACCACCACUAGCUGGAAGGUUUCUAGCUCUGUCCCAAUAUUAAUGACAACUUUGCAGAAGCCCCUCACCCUCCUUUCAGCUCCAGUCUCUGCCACCUCGCUCGGGACCUGUGUCCCUAGUUAGAGAAGAAGGCUGCAGCUUUUGCUGUUGCUUAUAAAAGGGAUUUAGGCUGACAGCAGUCCUCUUAUUUCACACCAGGAAGACAUCCUUUGGACCAAAGUGGACAUCUUUAUGCUUGGCUCAGUUUCCAGGGAGAUGCCACAGAUGUGCCCAUUGGUGCAGGUUCCUGUCCCCCAGUCAGCAAAAGUUCUCAGUAUGCCUUUUGUUCUUGCUGGGAGAGGGAGGAUGAGCUUGCUGGUGUACAGUAUUUAUUUGGUAAACCUGAGUUUGGGUACCCUUUUUUGUUACUGUUUUGAAAACAAUCGUCACCUUGACCACAAGUUUCAAUAAAGCUUUGUAAAGAUAAUUGGACAUACAAUUGGAGGAAGCUCUGGUUCUUACUCAGUUUAGAGACUCGAACUCUUCCAGGUUAAUUCAGGGCCACCCUGGUGGCACUCUGGAGUGUUGGGCAGGACUGCUCCAGCUCCCACGGGGCUGAGGGCAUUACCUUGAUCCACUCGGGCACAGAGUGGAAACCUGUUUGGCAGCCUCUGAGACUGACUGACUUUGAGCCACUCAGAGCCAAGGAGAAGCUUCCUUCUCGAGCAGAUGGACAGCAUCCCAGGCAGGUUUUGCUUCCUCUUGUUCAUAAACAAGCCCUGCAGGAGAGCUUGGGACCAUGACACUGGCUUGUGAGACACCAGGACAUUUUUAAGAGUUAACUGUUCAGUCAACUCAGGGGCUCUGUCUCUCCUAAAAGCAUGAAAGGUUGUGGGUGGGUUUUUAAGCCUUUCCUUCAUGGACAUCAGGAAUUAAAUAAACUUGGCUGAAAAAUGGAGGCUCUGACUUAUCUGGCCCGUGGAGUCUGGAAAGCGCCCCAAGCUGGGUACCUGUCUUACCCUGAAAG